CCGCCCCCGGCCCCGCCCCCCUGAGCGGAGCGCCAAAAGCGGCUGCGCUGGGCCCAUGGCGGCUCCGAGUCCCGCCGCUGCCUCCCCGCCGGCGGUGGCCCCAGGCGGCCUUCCCGGGGCAGGCGCCGGAGCCGGGCCGCCUCGAAGCAAGAAGCGCCCCUCCAGCCCGGGCAACGGCAGCUCCGCUAAGAAAAGGCGGGCGGCCACCCCGUGCUUGGGCGCCGUCCCCCCUCAGAGUGGCGGUUCAGAGUCGGGGAGUGAGAAUAAAAUGGUGCCCACAGAUUCCAACAUGGGGUCAGCAGAGACUUCUGGCAAACCGUUGCCUUUCAAGGCACCUAGCUUCACACACUCUGGCAUUGGGGGAGCUGCAGCUGGAAAGAAAAAUAGAACCUGGAAGAACCUGAAACAAAUCCUCGCAUCGGAAAGGGCAUUGCCAUGGCAACUGAACGAUCCCAGUUACUUCAGUAUUGAUGCUCCUCCUUCCUUUAAACCUGCCAAGAAAUACUCUGAUAUUUCAGGACUUCCUGCCAGCUACACAGAUCCACAAAGCAAGCUGAGGUUCAGCACUAUUGAGGAGUUUGCCUAUAUUCGGAUGCUCCCAUCAGAUGUUGUCGCUGGCUACCUCACUUUGAGAAAAGCGCCAGCUGUAGUUCCUUGAGAAGCAGGACACUUUGACACUUGUUUGGAAACGCAGAUCGCAAGAAGGAAUCUUUUGAUUGUAGAAGGUGAUUGGGGGGGGGGGGGUUGACCUGUAAUAGAUUAACAUUCCAGUGACUGAUUUCACUUUGUUGUAAAUAUUUACCUGCUUCUGUGAAGCUGAACAUACUGAAUGAAAAGCCCUCAGCAUUUGGCAUUUGACUAACGGGGUUUAGAGGAAAGUCAAGAGCAGCUUGAACACAAAGGAUGGUUUCUAAGUCAAACUUGCGUAAAGAAUCUGCACUGGUUUUCAAAGAAUUGUGUGCUGUGAGCUUUUAUGUCUGUAAAACAAUGCCAAACAUUUGAUUAAAAAAACCGCAGUGUUCUCCCUCUGAGAUUCCAGAGCUGGAUAACAAAACAAGGUAGAGCAACUGUAACUAUUAACCAUCAGCUAAAACAGUUCUUAGAUAUUACCUUCAUUGUAUACUGUGAUCUCAAUUUAACUUAUUUAGGCACGUACAUUUAAAAUUUCAUUUUGUUGUGCAAAUGGCCUAUAACUGGCCAAACCCAAAACUGUUUGACAUAUAAUCAUGGCCUUCAAAGUUAUUUUCACCUAGGUUGGUUUAUUACACUAUUCUUUUAAAUUUAAGGUUGGUGUCCACUUUGGUCCAUUGUUGCUGGUCCCUCGAUAGCAACAUUCACAAUCUAAAUCUUUGCAUGCAGGCUAAAUUCGGCAGGAGUCCCCAACAGGAUGCUUGUAGGUACCAGGAUGCCCGUUGACGCCUUCCCUGGAAUAUGCCAAAUGCUUUUAGAAAGUGGGUGGGACUAGACAGGGCUUGUGCCCAGCAAGGCUUCUGAUUGGCUACUGGAAAUUUGAUUGGCUGUUCAGGCUUUUAAAAACAAUCCCUAGGCAGUCUUCAUUGUCUGACUGAUGGGAAACCGCAACAUCCAUUUUUUGGUUGGCUCUGCUUCCUGUUUUGUCGGUGGCGCCCACCUCCCUGUAUCAGAAUUCCAAAAGUGUCUGCAGGCUCAGAAAGGUGCAGGGCCCCCAGAGUAGGGAUAGGUCCCUUUGCGGGGUGAGGGUGUCCUUCCUCUAAAUCGGAAAAUAAAAAGGUUCUGCCGAAAUGCCAUGUGGUUUUUGCUGUCCUUGGGGCUGUGGUGGAGAUAAAAGACUAAUGCUGUCUUUUUUGACAAUCUGUCAUGGGCCUGAUCUACCCUCUGGAAAAGAAAGGAGUGAUCCACGAAGCAAAUCCAGCAAUUUCCAGACUGCUUGCCUGGCUAAAAAUUCCAACCAUCUGCUAUAGCCAUGGGACAGAGAAGCACUUCGCGGUCCAGGACUUAUGGAAAGUAGGCAUGGUUGACUAUCAGCCUUUCUGAGACACAACUGCUACUACAGGAAAGCAGGAAGAAGUCCUUGUGACAAAUCGUAAAACUUGCUAAUAAGACUCAGGAGUGCCGCCUAAAGUUUGGGACCCAAGAUUACAUUACAGGAAAGGGAUUCAGUUCCAUUCCAUAUUGGGCCAUCCUGGUAGACUUGAUCCCUUUUGGACCAAGGAAGAUCCUGUUCAGAUCGGAGCAUCUAUUUGUCACCAUUUUGUCACCAUUACCAGGUGCUUGAUGGAGGUGGGACUGUAUUGGACAGGGCUCUGAUUGGUAAAAGGAGCCUCUGACAUCAGAGGUGGGGGAUUGGAGAAAUCCACUGGUCAUUCUUAGAAAGGAGACUGACUUGGGUCUGACUCUGUUUAGCAUAAACAUUUGGAUGUUUGGGAUUUUCCUUUGUCUUCACUAGAAACUGGGUCCACAGGAAGUUGGGUAGAGGUUAAGGAUUCCUUUGACUUUUUGUUACCUCAAGGAAUUCUGCACAUGCUCUGAUGGACCAGCUGCAGUUUAGGUAGCAUGUUUAGUUCAAUUGCAUUGCUUUACAUUUGAAUAUCCAUGUGUUGUUGUUACGGUGUGCUUUUCCCUGUACUUUGUUUUGCUUCUUUCCACUCCUUUCUGAAUCCAGCCACACUUUCCUUUCCUUCUCCCCCUUUUACAAUAAAGCCUUUUAUGAA